CUGAAAUUAUCACGCCAUUCUAUGACCACAAGUUGUACUAUUCAUGUACUUUCAUCACGCUAUUAAUUGUCGUUCAUCUUUCAGUUGGCGCGGCGCAUCGCAAAUCAUUGCUUGCAUAGGUUGGCAGGAAAACUCGUUGGUAUUAGGGAAGUCAGGCGUCGGUGUCCUACGUUCCAUAUUAGAUGGUCUAACUUCGGUCCCAUUUCGGCUUGUUAAAUCUUCGGCGCAUCCAAAGCAUGUCAUGUUUAGCAUAUUGAUUGUUGCAUAAAAUCUCCAGCUCCAGCUGCGAGACAUUCUCGUUCUCAUGGAUCUUAUCGUUCACCUGUUAUAUUUUCUUUUGCGGUCACGUCCCGUCGCAACAGAGGAAGCUGGACCAAUGAUCAUUGACACUCAGGCAACCACCACACUGCAUCCCGUCGUCAUCCACUCUUGGCUCGAGUGCGGCUUUUUUUCUCUUCUGGGUCCGCGCCAUCCGGACACCCGCGCGGGAUUUUCUCGCAAAUUACUCGGCCAAGACGAUAAUUCUUUCUCUCCUUCCGAUCAAUUAUCGGACGUGCUGACGGCCAGUGCCUUGUUAUAUCGGAUCAAACCUGCUAUCUCUCCCAAGGGAUACGUGGCGAAUCUUGCUUCUCUCACGUGGUCACGAUCUGGUCUUCUCCAAUCUCUUUCUCGUCUUUCUUCACCAUCAAGAGGUGUGCAUAAGCAUUGUGCUUUUCGUUCUUCAUAACGAAAGGAUAUCAUCUUAACCAUCGUCAUGGGUUAUGUUAUUUUUCACACGUUGUCAUUACUUUAUUUACAGAUAGAACUUGCUCGUUU